AUUGGCAUCGUACCAAACGCAGCUGGACCACAACGAGGCAAACACAUACAUAGGAGAAACAUGAACAUGCAUAUGCAAGUGCCCGGAAGUCCAACGGCGUCGCAUGCUGUUUGCUAAUCACCAUCGAGCCAAAAGGAAGCAGUGCGACACGCUGUUCCUGCCGGGUCGUGCUUGCGGACGACAGAAGCGGAAGCAGAAGAAGAAGAAGAAGAAGAAGAAGAUGCAGAGACUGAACUCGGUCCUCCGCCAGGGUCAAAAAGCCAUCGUGGAUCUUGGGUUGCUCGCGGUCUUGCGGUCUGAGAUCGCCCACGAGCUCUCGUCUAAUCGCUUUCAGAAUGACCAAAUUGGUGAUCCUGGGGAUUUUGCGGUUGACUGGGAUGCACCGGAAUCUGAAGAUGUGCUCUUGAGGAGAAAAUGUGAAUACGGUGAGGAAGUUGCUGUUUCGGCAUUGUUGGGUCCAGAAAUCUAUGGUGGAGAGGUCAUGUUUCCCAGGGAAGUUCUGAUGAAGGUCUGUGUCAAAAAGCCGGGCUUUAACUCCAUCUUACAGUUUGAUUGCGGUGUACGCAGUGGAACUGAUAGUGGGUCUGAAUUUCACUUACGCGGUGCCUACUAUCUUGCGUCACCUGCGUCAUUGCAUUGUUCGGUCUACAAAGGCCCUUUGUUCAGCACAUUGGACCCUCAUUUGCAGGACAAACUCAAGGAGUACCUUGUCGCGAAAGGAAUUGGAAGAGGCCUUACUGACUUCCUUCUCUUGUACUUGCAUAGGAAGGAGCAAAAUCAGUAUGUAAGCUGGUUGCAAAAACUCGAGAGCAUGUUGGCUACCAACGUAUGACUUUAGGCAAUUGCUAGAACAUUUAUUGUCUUACACCUCUUUCACUAUUUUUUUUUUCUCAGCUCGCCCAUAAGUUUCUACAAGAAAUAAACUUUCUAAAUCAAAUGGCA